AUGCAGUUCAGAACUAUCGUAUUGCUCUCGACGGUCGUCGCCGCGGCUUGGGCCCUCUCCUGCUACCAGUGCAAUACCGGUGCCAACGGCGAGGAGGUGUGCGACUCGACGGAGGUGACUGAUCUGGCCAAGUGGAAAAAAGGUAAGGCAAUCAUCGGCAUUUUGCGAAGUAUUUCACCUUGCGGCAAGCUGGCUGACGGCCCUUUCGCUAACAAGAACGCCAUCGGGUGCCGCAAGAUCGAGCAGUACGUCGAGGAUAAGAAGCAGACGAUCAGGGAAUGCGCCUACUCGGGCGAGGAGGUCGACGGGUUGAAGAAGACGGGCAACAACCGCAUCCAGCUUUACUUCUACCAGUGCAAUAACAAAGACGGCUGCAACGCUGGCACAUCUGCCUCCGUCCUUGCCGCCUUCGCCUCUGUCGUUGCCGUCUUCGCUUUCCGUUAU